CGUCAGGAAGAAGGGCGAGCACCGCGUCACUUCGUUUCGCAAAACCCGGGUUGGUUCGGAGCCUGCUUUCCUGUACUUUGGCACCGUCGGGGGCGGCGGCGCAACCAGAUCAGACCAGAGCAGCUCAGCUAGACGGCUGUGCGUCCUCACCGCCCCCCCCGGGACGUGCGGCGCGCAUCCAUCCACCCGUCGGCAGGACCCCCUACCGUUCCCGGCCGCCCUGCGGAGCAUCCCUCCCUUGCGCCAGCCUGCCCAGGCACCUCCCCUCUGCAGCUGCGGGAGGAGGCCAGUAGGCUGGAGCCCGCCCCUUCUAUGCCAGCCGGGCCGGAGCCUCCAGCUGUGAUUGGCUCUGCCGGAAGCGUCUCCCCUCCCACCGGCCGCUUCCCCCUGCCCCGUCGCAGCCCCUGGACGGCAGCUGCAGCCAUGAACCCGUUAUUCGGCCCCAACCUCUUCCUCCUGCAGCAGGAGCAGCAGGGCUUGGCCGCCGCGGAUCUCGAGAAGCAACAGCACCUCCCGGCUCUUCUCUUUCUGCCCGGCGAGCCCCAGGGGGGGGAUUCCUUCGACGGGAAGCUGGCCCCACCGGCUUCCCUUGCCGCCGGGUCUCCCUUCCCGGCCCCGCCGGCCGCCAUGGCCCUCCGCAACGACCUGGGCUCCAACAUCAACGUGCUGAAGACCCUCAACCUCCGCUUCCGAUGUUUCCUGGCCAAGGUGCACGAGUUGGAGCGCCGCAACCGGCAGCUGGAAAAGCAGCUGCAGCAGGCCCUGGAAGAAGGAGGAGCCCGCCGGGGCAGCUUGCAGCGUCGAGAUCAAGCAGUCCAGACGGGCUUCAUCGGCCCUAUCCGCCCGCUGGGGCUCGCGCUGGCCGGCAGUAUCAGCAGUACCCGGUCUGUGGGGCUGGGCGCCCCGUCGAGGGUGCUGAGCUCCCCGAGCUGCCACCACCCUGGGGCUCCGCUCACCCCCACCUCCUCCCAGUCUCCGUCCUUGUCCAGCAGCGCUUUCUCGUCCUCUUCUCGCUUCCUGCCAGGCACCAUCUGGUCCUUCUCGCAGGCUCGCCGCCUGGGGCCCGGCCUAGAGACCACCCUGGUGCAGGGGCCCGGUGUCUCCUGGGUCCACCCUGACGGGGUUGGGGUGCAGAUAGACACCAUCACCCCAGAGAUCCGGGCUCUCUACAACGUCCUGGCCAAGGUGAAGAGAGAACGGGAUGACUACAAGCGCAGGUGGGAAGAGGAGUAUACGUUGCGAGUUCAGCUGCAAGACCGAGUGACAGAGCUGCAUGAGGAGGCCCAAGAGGCAGAAGCAUGUCAGGAAGAGCUAGCUAUGAAGGUUGAGCAGCUUAAAGCAGAGCUGGUCGUUUUCAAGGGGCUGAUGAGUAAUAAUCUUACCGAGCUAGAUACCAAAAUCCAAGAGAAAGCCAUGAAAGUGGAUAUGGACAUCUGUCGGCGUAUAGAUAUCACGGCUAAACUGUGUGACGUAGCCCAGCAGCGCAACUGUGAGGACAUGAUCAAAAUGUUUCAGUCUCUGCACUUGUCUCCCAUUAAGGUCCCAGCCUCGAUGGGGCGGAAGCGGGAGCGAAAGCUGGUCAGCGAUGAAGACACUUCCCUGUCUGAGAGUGAGCCUUCCAAAAAACCUGAAGAGGAGGAAGAGGACGAGACCACAGCCAUGAGCAUAAAUGAGGAGAUGCAAAGGAUGUUGAACCAGCUGAGGGAGUAUGAUUUUGAAGAUGACUGUGACAGCCUCACCUGGGAGGAGACGGAAGAAACGUUGCUGCUGUGGGAGGAUUUCUCUGGCUAUGCUAUUGCUGCUGCGGAAGCUCAAGGGGAGCAGGCGGACGACAGUUUGGAGAAAGUGAUCAAGGACACAGAGUCGCUCUUCAAAAGCAGGGAGAAGGAAUAUCAGGAAACCAUCGGCCAAAUUGAGUUGGAGUUGGCAACAGCCAAGAAUGACAUGAACCGGCACCUUCACGAGUACAUGGAGAUGUGUAGCAUGAAGCGUGGGCUGGACGUGCAGAUGGAGACUUGUCGCCGGCUCAUCACCCAGUCUGGAGACAGAAAAUCUCCUGCUUUCACUCCAGUAUCGAACAGUGAAUCGGCCCCAAGCGAGGAAACGGAGGAGUCCGAUCAUGACCUCCCAAGUGAUGCCUCCAUCAGAUAAUGAGGGAGGCUCUGCCCCUCUCUCUCUCUCCUGGCCCAGGAGUGUGAGCGUGUGGAGGAGGUCUCCUAACUAUGGCUGUGAGGGAUGGAAGGGAGCCAGGAGCCACUCUUUAGAAUUCUCUCCGCACUUCAGAGGUGGAGAUGUGGGGGGGGUCUGCCUCCCAGCUCCUUUCCUCUGAUCACCUCCUCUCUCUUUUCUCCCCCUCCCUGUACUUUUGUGGGCUUUAGUGGGGAGGCUCCCACCUUAUUGUUGCUGCUCUUCUUCCUGGGGUCGCCCUCAUGAAGCCCCCUCCACCUUGCUGCCACCUCCUUGUAUAUGUGACUGUUUUCCCACCAUGCUACACACAAGCAGAACUGGAUCUGUUUCUCUCUGCAAAACUUGAACCUUCUCUUGGUGUCAAGAGGCUAAAAGGCUGAACCCUGUUCUGCGAGCAGGCACCACUUUCGUUUUCUCUAGGCCACAUUGUACACAGUAGCAAGAACCUCUCCUCCUGGGGACGAAGAAUGAGCCGUGGCCUCCUUCACCCCUGCUCCACCCUUGCAUUUUGCUUGGUUGUGUAGCUGUGGCAAAAAAGUCGUAUGUGAUGUGAAAUGUCUGGAAACAAGGAACAUUAAAUGGAUUAACUUCCUUUUCUAUG